AUGAAAAGUUACACCCCGGUGCCUGUUAAAGUAGCAAACAACAAGAACCGCAAGCUCGGAACGUGGACCCCUGAGGUUUUCACUUAUCCACCAGUGGAGGAGUUUAAAGGCUGGUCCGUCAAAGACACCACCCCACUACCAUACCGUGCUUUCAAGCACACAUACUUUUUCACCAUGGGUAUUCGGUCGAUGGACUGGAACUCGUGGAUCGAGUUAGACAAUGAGUGGAUGAAGUACCACAACAACAAGGUUGAAAGAAUCGCCGACCGUGGUCAUGAGUUGAUUGGGACCGACCCAGUGGUGUGGGAUGCUGCCAUCGAAUUACUCACAGAGUUCAGAAACUUUUUACCAACUAGAUAUCCAACCUUGUUCAAGAAGACCGAGAAGGGUAUCAACAAUUUGGUCACAGGCGAAGUUUUUGAGUUCGUCAAUGUCCCUAGAAAUGAAUUUAAGAAAGACCCUAUGGAAAUGGCUGCACUCAUGGUUCAAGAUGAUUUGGCAAUUUUAAAAGAGGACGAAAAUGGACAGUACAUCUUGAAAGGUGGUGCUAUCAUGCUAGCUGGUUUCUGGCGUUUACGGGACAAACUGAAUCUUCCAUUAAGUGCUAUCCAUACCACGGGAGAUGUGCCAAAGUACAAUGAAAAAUUGAAAAGACCAAUGGAAAAGUUUUUCUCCAGACUCACUUGCGAUAAGCCAGUUGUCAGAAACAACUACUUUCUACAGACUGAUGCAGACCUAGCAUGGUCCUCGUCGAUUGGUCCUGAGGACAAGGAGGUUGUUGGUUGGAACACAGCUGAAGUUGCCACAGAUAUCAAUAAGAUGUAUUAUCGUUCAGAAAGACAGUCUGUCAGGAGGUUACCAAUCUCAGGCUGCAUAGUGUUCACUAUCCGAACGUAUUUCUUACCUAUUACAAAGAUGUGCAAAGAGCCUUACAUUCCAAAGAGGUUGUUGGAUGGUAUUUUGAGUUGGGAUGAAGAUGUCAAGCGUUAUAGAGGUUAUGAAAAAUUCCAUGGUCUCCUCUUGCCAUACUUAGAAGAGCAGGCCAAGAUUCAGGAAGCCGAGGGUUACACAGUUGACACCGAGCCUGACAGUUACCCAUUUUAG